AUGCAUAUGGAUAUGUCAUUGCACGAAUCAUGCUGGACAUGCCGGAACAGACAUGUUCAAUGCGAUCGGUCUCAAAUGCCAUGUGCGAAAUGUCAGAAGGCUGGUCUUGAAUGUCUAAAAAAAUUGCCGUUUCGAUGGGUCAAGGGUGUGGCCAUUCGUGGCAACAUGCAAGGCCAUACCUAUGAAAACAAUUCAGCUGCCCCUGUGACAAAGCCGAAGCGCUUUCGAUUCAAAUCCUCGGGUGGGAAGGCCGCGGGUAGGCGCAGUGCCAUCAGUAUGAUAACCCACAGCCCUAUCCCCUCUCCCGGAAAAAGGGUUAUUCACUCACUAAGUGCCAUGCUGAUUCUCUAUGUUCCAGACAAUAAGCGACUUUGCGCUAAUUUCGUUGUCUACGACAGCGACAAGAAUCAGCUUCGAAAAUUAAUACCAUUGGCACUGCAAAACCCCAUACUGGGCAAAGUCAUACUUGCUCUUGCCGCCCGCCACCUUGCUAACCAUGGGCAAACAUUCGGCUCUAAUCUAUCCGAAGCCUUGUUACUGCCUGAGACCAUGAAAUAUGACCGUGAUGCACUGCUCUUCAAACAUCACGCAAUAGCGGGCCUUUCCAACGCUCUUGGCGACCCGAAACAAUGCUACAAGGAUAUCAAUCUGGCCAGUGUCUUCUUACUCGUUUUGCUAGAUCUUCUUGAAUCAGGCGGGGAGGAAUGGCAAGUUCAUUUACAUGGCGCCAAAAGCCUGAUUACUUCGAGUUUCCGUCAGCCGCCACUUGAUAAUUCAGCCAAACAGGAGUCGACUCAUGUAAUACCAGACACCCGUGACUUUGUGAUACAGCACAUUGUUCUGAUCGACACCCUGGGUUCCAUAUUUCCACGCCCAAAGUCACCAUCCCAAGAGCUCACUCUGGGACAAACUGAAAUGGCCCAGGAUUCAAUUGAAUAUUCAUUCCUCGCAUGUCCGGAAUUACUGAGAAGUGCCAUACGGUCUAUAUCUCGGGAAAGAGACAGCGUUGCGAGAUGUGGAAUAUUUCAGGGUACGGAUGUACAGGCCUAUAUCCAGGCUAUUUUGGUUGUGGUCAAGCUCGCCGAAAACUUCGACUGCGUUAGCUGGGCUUCACGCCUCAAACAACCAAGACACACCCGCGAAGACACACACUUCCUGGCUGUUGUGGCCCAAGUGUAUAAGAUUGCUACUCUGCUCUAUGGCAGAAGAGUUAUAUCCGCGCUGGAGAAGAAGACUAUAUCUCAAGACGAACUAAUACUCGAGUUGCUAGGUUUGCUCAACAGUCUCAAAGACAGGCAGGAACUCUUGAAGUGUGUUCUCUGGCCUGUCUUCGUCGCAGGUUUGGAAUGCCGGUCACCGGAACAGAAACAGUUCUUCAUUUCUCGAUUGGAGGAGUUUUGGAUGACGACAAACUGCCUGAAUGUGAUCAAUGCAGCAAAGAUUCUGCAAGAAUAUUGGAGCCGGGACGAUUGGGAAAGCAUAUGCUGGGCUUUUGAUGUUGGUCGAUUUGGCCAGGCAUGGCUCCUGAUUUAG